UCUUUUCCAGUGCCAAUAAAGACAGAUGGGAGAAUGCGGGAACCCCACCGCACGGGAUUGUUCCAACAAAAGGAUCUGUCCAUAUUGUAGCAAGUAGAGGAUAUGUUGACUAUGUUUUACAUGAUCAAAGAGCACGUGACUUUUUGAAUUGGACAAAACACACCAAAGUGCCUGAUGAAACCUUUUUUGCAUCUUUAAACCAUAAUCCAAGUUUACAAGUACCAGGAUCCUAUAAAGGCUAUCCGGAGACUGAAAUGAAAGAGAAUAUCAAACCGUUUGUUGCACGUUUUAAGAAUUGGGGAGCCGGAAAAUACAACUGGCCAUGCAAAGGGAAGCGAGUGCGCAUGAUCUGUAUAUUUGGAACGGGAGACCUUCCAAUGCUAGCUUCAAGGCGAGAACUUUUCGCGAACAAGUUUUAUUUAGACUAUCACCAUUUUGCCUUAGACUGUCUGGAAGAGCUUCAUUUUAACCAUACGAGAGACGAAUAUCUCGGAAAACUAGCAUUCGAUCCAAGAUGGUAUUCAAAACUUGGAUUUGUAUUAAACAAAGUGGAAUAAACCAAAGAGAAACAAAACAGAAUGAACAAUGACUACGGUGAUUUAUUUUUAUUUUUUAACUGGUGUGUAUGCGUUUGCAAAGCCCCGUAGUUAAGAUCUAAAAACUUGGUUUAAUAUUAUAGUUCUAUCUAAAGUGCCAUACUUAUAUCACAUGAACAGAA